CCGGUCCGGUCCCGGGCAUCUAUCAAGGCAGGUGCGCCGCACGAUCUUGCAUCCCCCAACUCCAACUCCUGCACGACCUUCUUCCGCCUCACCUUCUCCUACCCCCCUUCCUCCUCUCCUUUUCUACACUUUGUUUGCUUGUUUCCCCCGUCUCCCUGCGACCCUUGGAAGAAGCAUCCUGCGCAUUCCGCGACCGCAUCCGUACUCUGCAGUGGCGCUCAGAGCCACUGCCUCGCGCCAUCGCAAAGCCCGACUUGGCGGAAUCGCCUGGGUCCUCUUGCCCGCCGACUUCCGCGCCGUGUCUUGCCGGACCCCACCACCACACCUCGUGUCGUUGCACGGCCCUCGAAAACUUGAUCGCUGCCUUUUUGCGUCGCGCGCAUACAGUUCCUGCGAUAGAAGCACCGCACUCGAAGCACGAGACACGCGAUCCAAGCAGGCCCCACGACACUUGGCUGCACGAUCGGCCCUCCUGCGAGUCUCACCUCUUUGCUGCGAAGCGAACGCGACGGUCCGAGUGCUCUCCUGCCAUCGCAUUAGCGCGCAGGGCAAGUUUAUCAAGGUCGCCUGCGCCUUGUCUUCGCAAAUACCCGCGCCCCCGGCGCUUUUGGACGACCUUAUCAGGCCGGCAAGCCGAGUACAACAAUCGCCAACCACGAUCAUCAGACGCGACAUAAGACAAGGGCCACUCCAGCACCACCUCCCCGCUAUUCACACCCCUGCAUUUUGCGUCGUGCUGUGCUUGCAUUGCGCGACAGGCCAUCUCCUGCCCCUCGUCGUCGGCCCACCCUCGUGUGUCCGUUUUACGUACAGGCCCUUCGCCGUGUCCCAGCGUCUUGAAUGGCAUCGGCCGUCCUCUGAUCUCCCGGAGGCCCUCACAGGCAUUCAUUGACCGUGCCGUUGCUAAUCGCGGGCGGGCUGUCGUGCUCAAAUCACGGCGGCUUCGCCUGUUGGAAGACUUCUACUUUAUCCGCAAGAUACCCCUGCAUCCCCCCGUCCUCUCGGCGACCCGCCCUAGUUGCGGAUCACAUCGACAAACUGAAUCAUGCCUGCUCAAAUCGCCGCCUCCAUGACGGGGAGCAUCCCCAUUCACAUCGCCGAAGACCAGGCGAACGGCCAUCGCAAACAACACAAGCACUCGCGAUCUUCGUACUCCGAGUCGUCUCCUCUUGCUGGCUCAAGAAACAACUCCCUGACUUUCCGCCCGCCCAAGAGGCUCAUGUCUUCCCCUAGCAAGACGAUUGCCAUCAUCAACGCCAGCGGCAGGCAGGCGGCGUCUCUCAUCCGCGUUGCCACCGCUGUUGGCUACCGCGUUCGUGCCCAGCUGAGGAAUCUCGAGGGUGUCGUCGCGGCCGAAGUGUCGGCCAAUCCCAACGUGACCGUCUUUGUCGGCGAGCUCUACACGAGGCACGAGCCUACCGAGGCAAAUAAGGACGUGACGCAAAAUGGUCCCAUUUCCGGUGUCGGCGUCAACCACGAGCUCAUUUCGAGCCUCUUCCGCGGGGCUCAGCUUGCCUUCGUAAACACGACCUUUUACGGGGACGAGCUUCAAAUCGGAAUGGCAUUGGCAGAUGCCGCCAAAAAGGCGGGCGUUCAGCACUACGUCUAUUCGUCGAUGCCAGACCACGCGGCCUACAACAAGGAAUGGCCGUCACUACCGCUCUGGGCCGCGAAGCACAAGGUCGAGGAUUACGUGCGAAAGCUGGGCUUGCCCGCCACGUUUGUCUACACGGGCAUCUACAACAAUAACUUUACGUCGCUGUUGUAUCCGCUGUUUUGCAUGGAGGUGCAGAAGGACGGCUCCUUCAUCUGGCAAGCACCGUUCCACGAGGAUGUCAAGCUUCCCUGGCUGGAUGCGGAACACGAUGUCGGGCCGGCUGUUGUGCAGAUCUUUAAAGACGGCGUCUCCAAGUGGAAUGGCGAACGCAUCGCGCUCGCCUACGAGUACCUGACACCAAGAGAGGCUUGCGAGCUGUUCUCCCGCGGCGUGGGGCGCCCUGUUCAUUAUGUGCGGGGACCGAUUGAGCUCAAGGUUCGCAUCCCGACAGGCUACCGAGAGCAGCUUGUGGCCCUCGAGAAGUUGUUCAAGCCGGACGAGGCCGACCCGGAGAAGCAACCGCCCUACUUUGGUGACCCGAAGCUUGAGGCUAGCUGCCCCGCGGAGGCCUUGGAGCUCUGGGAAGGCCCUCGUGGCCUCGAGGAAUAUGCGCGAGAGAUGUUCCCGCUCGAGGAAGAAGCCAACGGCCUUACAUGGAUGUUUGAUGAAGACGAACACGACGCCAAGAUCCAGGCGACUGCUGCGCACGUGGAGCAGCUACGAAUUAACGACGAUGACGAGGAGGAGAGCGACGACGAAGACGACGGCCUGGUAAUGAGAGGCUUGAAGCGAGACGAGGAGCAAUGGCUCGCCUAGGGGUUACGGCCGCACUGGUCGGCCGCUGCAGUGAAGUCGCAUGUGUCAGAGCCUGACAUGAGCACGACAGGGCAGCCGGAGGCAUGCGCUCGUGCAGUCAGUGCUUGUGCCACCUCCAUGUUUGGCUUUAGCGGGUGCCUUGGCGUUUGAGGGGGCUGGAAAAGGUGGCCAAAAAGGAAGGGAAUAGCUUGCAUUUAAUAAAGGGUAGUGCUAGGGGCAUAACUAUAUUUUACUACGGGCAUAACCCUCCCUAUAAAUAAAAUUCCCUAGCUAAUCUCAUAGCGCGUAGCCUGCUAUACUCGAUUAAGAUUUAUAAUCUAUGCUAG